UCAGAAACAUCUCUCCAGAUUCUCCACUCACUGCAUGAACUGAACAACGGUCUUCAGAACGACGUCGCUUCACUGAACUCGAACUAACAAUCCAAUACUCUCUGCAUCGAUUCAUCUUCGUCUCUCUCUCACUCCAUGAUCGCCUUGAAAGCUUCAAGCUUCGCCACACUGCAAUUCACAUUCAACAGAAACCGUAGAUUUCAUCAAUGGCUCUCUCAAGCGAAUUCUAGAAAAUGCGCGGUCUUUUGUUCAAUUGAUAGACCCAAAUGGAACCCUAGAACUCAUUCUCCAAAGCAUAAUCAUAACAAUCAUAGUGAAAGUAGUGGGAAGAAAAAGAACAAGUUUACAGAUGAUGAUGAUGACGAUGAUGAAGAGGAGGAGGGGGGAGAGAGAAAGGUGCACUGCGAGGUGGAGGUAAUAUCGUGGAGAGAGCGCAGAAUCAAGGCCGAAAUACUGGUGAAUGCCGAUAUUGAAUCUGUUUGGGACGCUCUCACUGAUUAUGAGAGGCUCGCUGAUUUCAUUCCUAAUCUCGUUUGCAGUGGGAGAAUACCUUGUCCACAUCCUGGAAGGAUAUGGUUAGAGCAGAGGGGCUUUCAACGUGCACUAUAUUGGCACAUUGAAGCUCGUGUUGUCUUGGAUUUGCAAGAAGUCCCCAAUGCAGCUAAUGAUCGUGAGCUCCGCUUUUCUAUGGUUGAUGGGGACUUUAAGAAGUUUGAAGGCAAAUGGUCCUUAAAAUAUGGAAAAAGGUCUUCAACAACUUCUCUAUCAUAUGAAGUCAAUGUGAUUCCUAGAUUCAACUUCCCAGCCAUCUUCUUGGAGAGGAUAAUUAGAUCAGAUCUUCCUGUGAAUCUUCAAGCCUUGGCUUGUAGAUCCGAAAAGAAUUUUGAAGGGAAUCAGAAGAUACCAUUCAUAGAGAGUUCCUUGGGUACAGCAUCAAUUGCAGACGUUGCUAACCCUGGCAUAGACCUGGAUGGUGCUUUAUCUGUGGAGAAACUGUCUCCAGGAGUCUUCAAGAAGAGUCAUGCCAGCUCUAGUUUUGAUCCCUUGUUCCAAUCUUCUAGUGAGCUGAGCAGUAAUUGGGGUGUAUUUGGGAAAGUUUGCAAACUUGAUAGGCCUUGCAUGGUGGAUGAAGUUCAUCUUCGUAGAUUUGAUGGCCUAUUGGAAAAUGGAGGUGUCCAUCGCUGUGUUGUUGCUAGCAUGACGGUGAAAGCUCCGGUUCGUGAAGUAUGGAAUGUUUUGACUGCUUAUGAGACACUUCCUGAGAUUGUUCCAAAUUUAGCUAUUAGUAAGAUUUUAUCACGAGAAAACAACAAAGUUCGAAUUCUUCAGGAAGGCUGCAAGGGCUUAUUGUAUAUGGUACUUCAUGCACGUGCUGUUCUAGACAUAUGUGAACAGCUUGAACAGGAGAUUAGUUUUGAGCAGGUCGAGGGGGACUUUGACUCAUUCCAGGGGAAAUGGAUUCUGGAACAACUUGGUAAUCAACACACACUAUUGAAGUACACUGUGGAGUCAAAAAUGCACAGGGAUUCCUUUCUUUCUGAAGCUAUCAUGGAAGAGGUUAUAUAUGAAGAUCUUCCAUCAAACUUAUGUGCAAUUCGAGAUUACAUUGAAAAAAGGGAAGCAUCCAAUUCUUUGGAAACAUCUGACUAUGUGAGAUAUUCAGAGGAACAAUUCAUUUCAUCUAGCAAUGGCAGAGAUGUUGAUUAUCAUCCUAAGCCAGCUGACGAGGUUUCUGAUGUCAGUGGUCCAAAUCCGCUUCGACAGAGACCCAGGGUUCCAGGCUUGCAAAGGAAUAUUGAAGUUCUUAAAGCUGAGCUCCUGAAAUUUAUUUUAGAGCACGGGCAGGAAGGGUUUAUGCCCAUGAGAAAGCAACUUCGUAAGCAUGGAAGGGUGGAUAUCGAGAAGGCAAUCACGCGCAUGGGUGGCUUCAGAAGGAUUGCCUCAUUGAUGAAUCUCUCCCUUGCUUACAAGCACCGUAAACCAAAGGGUUAUUGGGACAACCUUGAGACUUUGAAAGAAGAGAUUACUCGUUUCCAGAGGAGCUGGGGUAUGGAUCCCUCAUACAUGCCCAGUAGAAAAACUUUUGAACGAGCAGGGCGUUAUGACAUUGCACGUGCACUGGAGAAAUGGGGGGGUCUUCAUGAAGUGUCGCGUCUUCUUUCCCUCAAGGUUAGGCACCCCAACAGACAGCCAAACCUCACCAAACAUAAGAGAAGUGACUUUGUAGCGUCUCCUGAUAUGGUGGUUGACGAAGACAGGACAACAUCCAAACCCUAUGUUCCUCAAGAUGCACAAAAAUGGCUCAUGAGCCUACAACAUUUGGACAUUAAUUGGGUUGAAUAGUAACAUACCACUAUAUCUUUGUCUAUAUAUCUUGAUCAUCAUUUUGGUAGUUUUGUAGCCUUUUUGUUUUAGGCAUUGGGUAUCGAUAAUUAAUUUUCACUCUAUUUGGUUGCCCUAAAUGAAGUCUUUGAAGAAUGUCAAGAAGCA